AUCAACUUAAAUGAUUUCAAAUCUAUGAUACAUCACGUGAUCCUAGAAACGCUUAGAGAGCAACCGAAUCCAUGGAAUCGUGCAGUGCAUUGAGGCUCUGAGAACCAGCUGCCUGCUCGCCUUCUCAACUACCUAAAAACUGGAUUUCAUUCACUUCUCCUUUCAUUCUCUACAACCCGAACUCCGAACGACUUUCAACUUCACCCCUCCUAUCGAAGACUAGACACAGAUAAAGCUAUUUCCCCGCACCGCGCUCCCAGGCCUGACGGACUACGUUAGGACCCAAGAAACAACUCUACUUGGGACGCGGAUCAAACGCCACCAUUCCAUCCCAGGUACUACAAGAGAGAGAGGGCGAGCAGGCAAAAAGAAAGCUGUCCGACGCGGACGAUACACAACCAAGAAAAAAGAUCAUGGCGGCAACCGCAGAUGUUGAUAUGGAGACCAAGAUGCAGGUAGACGAGUCGGUCGUGGGCAACAACGAAAUCGAUGAAUCACUAUACAGCAGACAGCUUUACGUGCUUGGACAUGAGGCUAUGAAGCGUAUGGGUGCAUCAAAUGUCCUCAUUGUUGGUCUAAGAGGUCUCGGUGUCGAGAUUGCAAAGAAUAUUGCACUGGCUGGUGUCAAGUCUCUCACCCUCUACGACCCCGUCCCCACCGAGAUUGCAGACCUUUCAUCCCAGUUCUUCUUACACCCCGAAGAUGUUGGGAAACCAAGAGCAGCUGUCACGGCACCUCGAGUGGGAGAGUUGAAUGCAUACACACCUAUCUCGAUCCACGAGUCAAAGAGCUUGACCUCGGAUCUCUCACAAUUCGACAAAUACCAAGUCGUCGUACUUACCAAUACCCCUAUUAAGGACCAAAUCGUUAUUGGAGAUUACUUACACAAGAAGGGAAUUUACUUGGUAGUGGCAGAUACCUUUGGCUUGUUUGGAUCUAUAUUUUGCGACUUUGGCGAAAAGUUCACCGUUAUCGACCCUACAGGAGAAGCUGCACUAAGUGGAAUCGUUGCUGGUAUCGAUGAGGAAGGGCUCGUAUCUGCUCUGGAUGAGACGAGACACGGUCUUGAAGAUGGGGACUUUGUCACGUUUACGGAACUACAAGGAAUGGAGGCCCUGAACAACGCAGAACCUCGCAAGGUCACGGUGAAGGGUCCAUAUACUUUCUCGAUUGGGGAUGUCUCCGGUCUUGGACAGUACAAGCGAGGAGGCAUGUACACUCAAGUCAAGAUGCCAACAUUCAUUGACUUCAAGCCUAUUUCUGCUGCGCUUAAGACCCCAGAAUUCUUGAUAUCUGACUAUGCCAAAUUUGACCGCCCUCAACAACUUCAUAUUGGAUUCCAGGCCUUGCAUGCAUUUGCUGAGCAACAUGGACGUCUUCCUCGACCGCAAGACAAGGACGAUGCCGCUAUUGUAUAUGGUUCCGCCAAGGCUUUUGCUGCACAAGAGAAGCUUGAUGUUGAGAUUGAUGAGAAGCUUCUUGCUGAGCUCAGUUAUCAAGCUAUGGGUGACCUCAGUCCAAUGGCUGCCUUCUUUGGUGGUCUUGCUGCUCAAGAAACCCUCAAGGCUGUCUCUGGUAAAUUCACACCAAUCAACCAAUGGAUGUACUUCGACUCCCUGGAAUCAUUACCUCAAAAUUCUCCUAGAUCAGAAGAGCUGUGUAAGCCUCUCGGUUCUCGAUACGACGGCCAAAUUGCAGUUUUCGGCAGAGAAUACCAAGAGAAGCUUGCUAAUGUCAAACAAUUUCUGGUUGGCGCUGGUGCGAUUGGUUGUGAGAUGUUGAAGAAUUGGGCUAUGAUUGGUCUUGCAACUGGACCCAAAGGCAAGAUUAGCGUAACGGAUAUGGAUUCCAUCGAGAAGAGUAAUCUGAAUCGUCAAUUCCUAUUCCGUCCCAAGGACGUCGGCCAGCUGAAGAGUGAAUGUGCUGCGGCAGCUGUUCAGGCCAUGAACCCGGAUCUCAAGGGCCAUAUUGAGACUUUGAGAGAUCGAGUUGGAGCAGAUACAGAACACAUCUUCAAUGAGACAUUCUGGAAAGGCCUUGAUGGUGUCACCAAUGCUCUGGACAACGUUGACGCCCGUACUUACGUCGAUCAACGAUGUGUAUUCUUCCAAAAGCCAUUACUGGAGAGCGGUACCUUGGGAACUAAGGGCAAUACUCAAGUGGUCAUUCCUAGAAUGACUGAGUCGUAUUCCAGUUCUCGUGAUCCUCCAGAGCAAUCAUUCCCAAUGUGUACCCUGAGGAGUUUCCCCAACAACAUCAACCACACCAUUGCUUGGGCUCGAGAAUUGUUCGAGUCAUCGUUCGUUAAACCUGCUGAGACUGUCAACUUAUACUUGAGUCAGCCAAAUUAUCUGGAGACGACUUUGAAGCAAGGUGGCAAUGAGAAGGGGACAUUAGAGACCAUUCGGGAUUACCUGGUUGAGGACAAGCCACUCGGCGUGGAGGACUGUAUAAAGUGGGCCCGUCUUCAAUUCGAGAAGCAGUACAACAAUGCUAUCCAGCAAUUGUUGUACAACUUCCCCAAGGACUCAACAUCCUCAAGUGGACAACCUUUCUGGUCAGGGCCCAAGCGUGCUCCAGAUCCACUGAAGUUCGAACCAAAGAAUGAAUACCACUGGACUUUCAUCAUUGCUGGUGCCAAUCUCCACGCUUUCAACUACGGGAUCAAUACUAAGGGCAUGGACGAUGCUGUCGUUCAGAAGGUUUUGGAUGACAUGAUCAUUCCAGACUUUUCGCCCAACUCAGCCGUCAAGAUCCAGGCCGAUGACAACGAGCCAGAUCCAAACGCCAAUACUUCCAGCUUUGAUGAUGGCGAGGAGCUGAAGCAGAUUGCCGACAAGCUUCCAUCACCAAAGCAAUUGGCUGGCUUCAAGCUGACACCUGUCGAAUUCGAGAAGGACGACGAUACCAACUACCACAUCGAUUUCAUUACGGCCGCGAGCAAUCUUCGAGCUGAGAAUUACAAGAUUGAGCUUGCCGAUAGACACAAGACUAAGUUUAUCGCUGGCAAGAUUAUCCCUGCCAUUGCUACUACCACAGCUUUGGUGACCGGAUUAGUGAUCCUGGAAUUCUAUAAGGUUGUUGAUGGCAAGGAUGAUAUUGAGCAAUACAAGAACGGGUUCGUCAACUUGGCGUUACCAUUCUUCGGUUUCUCGGAACCUAUUGCUAGUCCAAAGGCAACAUAUAUGAGCAAAGAGGGCGAGGUGGCCAUUGACAAGGUUUGGGAUCGCUUUGAGAUCGAGGACAUCACUCUACAAGAGUUGAUUGACUUCUUCGAGAAGAAAGGUCUCAAUAUCACCAUGCUUAGCUCAGGUGUCAGUCUGCUCUACGCCAGCUUCUUCGGCCCCGCCAAGCUCAAGGACAGAUACGCAAUGAAGCUUAGCGAGCUGGUUGAAUUCAUCUCCAAGAAGCCAGUUCCAUCUCAUCAGAAGGAAGUCAUCUUCGAAGUCUGUGUCGAAGAUCAGACGGGCGAGGAUGUCGAGGUUCCGUUUGUAAAGGUCAACGUGCGUUAAAGUACAUGAUGGAUGCAUAGCAUGGAAGGAAACUUGAUGGCUGAAUGAUGGAUGACUUGGUGUUAUUAUGGUGGCAAUGUUUUUAUGGCUCUGGAACCUAGACAGAACGUACACUGCAUUUUCACAGACCGCGAUGCGAAGCAGGAAAAAUAGAAAUGCGUCACUUUCCACCUUCUCCAGUGUAUAAUCACAAGCCAGCUCCUCGAAAUGUCGUCGUGCAUUUGCAAUAUCAAACAGCAACUCGUCGUAGGUUUUGUCACGAUUAAGUAAUCGCCCCGCAGUGCAGGCCCAGC